GCCGCCGCCACCCCGCGCGGCAGCCCCUCCUUAGCAACAGCGUAAGGUUGCUAAGCGGAAGUGCCCUCGAAGAUUUCCCCCCCGCGCACACACCUCCCCCAUUUCGUCUGGGACUAUAAAGGAGAGACUUGCUUGGCUCUCUCCUGUCUUCGCCCAGAAAGCAUCCUUGAAGCUUCUCAUCUCACAGCCACCAUGUCAUCGAAGUCCCAGGCCCCUAAGGAGCCAGAACAGCAGCGGAAGCUCUUCAUCGGAGGACUGAACUUCGAGACAACGGAAGAGGGUCUGAGAAACCACUUCCAGCAAUGGGGAACACUCACCGACUGUGUGGUCAUGCGGCAUCCAGACACCAAGCGCUCCAGGGGCUUUGGGUUUGUAACCUACGCCACUGUAGAGGAGGUGGAUGCAGCCAUGGCUGCCAGACCACACAAGGUGGAUGGAAGUGUUGUGGAACCCAAGAGGGCCAUGUCAAGAGAAGAUUCUCAUAGACCAGGGGCCCACUUGACUGUGAGGAAGAUCUUUGUUGGAGGCAUCAAAGACGACACGGAAGAGCAUCACCUACGAGAUUAUUUUGAACAGUAUGGGAAAAUCGAAGUGAUUGAAAUCGUGACUGACAGAGGCAGCGGGAAGAAGAGGGGCUUUGCGUUUGUGACCUUUGAUGACCCCGACUCCGUUGAUAAGAUCGUCAUUCAGAAAUACCAUACUGUGAAUGGCCACAACUACGAAGUCAGGAAAGCCCUGUCGAAGCAAGAGAUGGCUGGUGGCUCGUCUGGCCAAAGAGGCCGAAGUGGCUUUGGAAAGUUGGGUGGUGGUCGUGGAGGUGGUUUUGGUGGCAAUGACAGUUUUGGUCGUGGAGGAAACUUCAGUGGUCGCGGUGGCUUUGGUGACAGCUGGGGUGGUGGAGGCUAUGGUGGCAGUGGGAAUGGCUAUAAUGGAUUCGGUAAUGAUGGUUAUGGAGGAGGUGGCCCUGGUUAUCCUGGAGGCCAUGGAAGUGGAGGAUAUGGUUAUGGAAACCAGGGCUGUGGCUAUGGUGGGAGUGGCAACUAUGACAGCUUUAGCAAUGGUGGAGGUGGCUUUGGUGGUGGUAGUGGAAGCAAUUUUGGGGUUGGAGGAAUCCAUGGUGAUUUUGGCAAUUAUGACCAUCCAUCUUCAAAUUUUGGACCCAUGAAGGGAGGUAAUUUUGGAGGCAGAACCCCUGGCCCUUACGGUGCUGGAGGCCAGUACUUUGCCAAGCCACGAAACCGAGGUGGCUAUGGUGGUUCCAGCAGCAGCAGUAGCUAUGCCAGUGGUAGAAGAUUUUAAUUACUGCCAGUAAACAGCAUCGCAGGAGAGAAGUGACAGGGAAGCUACAGGUUACAACAGAUUUGUGAACUCAGACAAGCACAGUGGGGGCAGGGCCUAGAUGCUAAAGGAAGGCAUGUUUUAGAUAAUACUCACGUGUAUGGCAAAAAAAAGAAAAAAGAAAAAAAAAACCAACCCUCAAGGACUGUAUUGUUCCUAAGUGUUAUAAAGGUUAUUUUAGUUUCUGUUCUGUGAAAAGUGUAAAGCGUUCCAACCAAGGGUUUUAAUGUAGACUCUUUUUUCACCCAUGCUGUUGAUUGUAAUAGUCUGAUCAUGACACUGAAUAAAUGUGUCUUUUUAAAAAUAAAAAAUUUACAAAAAAUGAA